CGUCCAAUGACUUUGGAAAAGAUAUCGAGAGUGCGGUAUCUUGUAGGCAUCUUUCAGACAUUUUCCUGACUGUCUUGAAGAUAUCGCAACGGAGACGUAAACAAACCAUAGUGUCAGAGACAAACGCCACUUCUCCGUCUAUAUGUCGUCAUUGGGAUAGAGUGAAAAAGUUAACUGAAAUAAGACAUUUUUUAGACAUCAUCCAUUCUGUACAACGCAAAAAAGUUCGUGUCAUUAUUUAUCUGAGCUUUUAUAUUAUUUACAGAAAUAACAUUGCUGAAAGUUUCAUUAUUUCGGAGUGAUAAACCUUGAAGACAUUGCAGUGUAGGUUAUGUGAUUUUUUCUUUGAAUAAGUCCACUCAUUUUUAUAAUUAUUAGUAUCAUGGCGACACGAAAGAAGAAAAAUUAUAAUAAUCUAUCUCGACGUCAACAACUGCGACGUCUUGAGGCACUUAAAACUCGUAUACCUGUGCUAAAAACUAUCCCCCUCACUGUCUCUCUGUUAUCCCAAGGGGCUUCUACCCUUCAUGAUUCAACUUCACUUGUUGAGAGGAAUUCGUCGCUGGUAAUUCCUUCACAAAAGUUGAUGUUUAACGAAGUAAUUGAUGAAUACCGAAGGGAGGGAAUUCGAGAAGUUGACAGGGAAGAAUUAGAGGGUGAAGAAUUUGAUGCUGGAGGGAAUGCAGAAAUUGAGGGGGAAGAAUCAGGGGGCGAAAAAUUCGGUGCAGGAGGAGAUGAAGAUGAUGAGGAGAUUGUUUCGGAUGAAUCUCCUGAUUCUGUAUUCGAUUUGAAAAAAUUUCUACGUGUCUGGCACCUAAAACAUAAGAUUUCUCAAACAGCAACUAGUGAUCUUCUGAAGGGACUUCAACAGAGUGGCCAAGAUUUACCUGCAACAACCAAAACAUUGCUUUCUACCCCUAAACGUAAUCAAAUCAGAGAUCUCGGUACUGGAAAGUUUGCGUAUUAUGGACUGGAGAAAGCUAUUUGUGAUCAACUUCGUUACGUUGAUUUAGAAGCAUUCCCAAAUGUCAUAAAUCUUUUCAUAAAUGUAGAUGGAGUACCCAUUUCUAAGAGUUCGAAAAGUGAGUUAUGGCCGAUAUUAGGGAAAAUUGAGCAUUUGGACAAUUUCGAUCCGUUUGUAAUUGCCAUUUAUCACGGCACAUCCAAACCAGAAUCUGUUGAAGUCUUUUUAGACGAGUUUAUCGAUGAAUAUUUCAUUUUAAAUGAGGAGGGUUUUCACUUUAAAAAUCGACACUAUAGAGUUCACAUAAAAGCUUUUUUGACUGACACACCUGCCAGAAAUUUUUUACUCUGCUUCCCCGCCCACAAUAGCCGUUGUGCUUCCUGCAUCCAAGAGGGGAUCACAAUUCAGAGUCGCCGAUUGUUUUUGGAGAUAAAAGGAGCUUUGCGCACGGAUGACAAUUUCCGAGUUGGUCUUCCUGAUAAAUUUCAAAAUGUUUAUUCACCUCUAGAAUAUGCUGGCUUCUCCAUGACUACACAAUUCCCCUUGGAUUAUCUACACUUGUUGUGCCUUGGGGUGAUGAAAAAAUUACUUCUUAUAUGGUAUCAGAGAAUUAAAUCACCGCAAGUAUUUUCUACCAUUAAUGGUUUCUUUUGUUCACUCGGCCGUUGUACACCAUCUGAUUUUCCCCGUAAGCCACGUACACUUGAGGAGGUUACUCGUUGGAAGGCUACCGAGUUUCGUUUGUUUCUUUUGUACCUAGGGCCAAUUCUGGUGCCUCUUUUUCUGGAUGAAAGGAAAGUUAUUCAUUUCAAUUCUUUGAACUGUGCCGUGAGAAUUUUAUGCGAUCCGAAUCUAUGUGAGAGUAACAAUGAAUACGCUAAUCAGUUGAUGGAAUAUUUCGUAGAAAUGAUGGAGGUGCUCUAUACCAAACUGAGUAUGAUAUUCAAUGUCCACAAUUGUCUCCAUCUGGCAAAUUAUGUAAAACUAUUUGGACCGCUAGACGCAUUCAGUUGUUUCCCCUUUGAAAAUCAAUUACAAAUAAUGAAGAACUUGAUCAAGAGUGGAGCUUUACCCUUAGCUCAAAUAAUGAAUCGUAUGAUAGAGAGGGCCACACAUUUGCCUCCACGUCACCCUACUAUUCGAGAUGGGUUUACUUUUUUGGGGGAAAAAAAAAACUGCGAACUUCCACCUGGUUAUUACGAUGCCCAUCGUUCAAUACAAUUUUCUAAUUUCGUCUUAGCUGAUCAUCCACCAGAGAAUUGCUGUUACUUACGGAAUGGGUCCAUUGUACUUAUUCAGACGAUUUGUUUUCAUAAUAAAAAUCAUGUAAUCAUCGGUCGCGAAAUUAUUAAUUCUGAUCGUGUAGAAAAUUAUCCUUGUGACUCUCGUAAUUAUGGGAUUCAUAAAUUCACAGAAUUAUCAGAAUUGAAAACAUGGCCUACGAAUGAUAUUACUCGAAAAGGUUUUGUCAUUCCCUUCGGGGAAACAGGCUAUGUAUUUCCAAUCAUUCAUUGUCAAGCUUAGAUAAGGACAUAAGUAUUAAUGAAUAUAUUACGAGAUAUCACAAAAUCCUACAUCAUGACUCACACGUAGCCACAACUUUUUUCUCAUUCUCCCAGCUAAAGAGCGAAAUUUAUCCUUCAUCAUUUUUUUAUCGAGUAAUAUGACUGAUCGAGGGCGUGGGCGUGGACGUGGAACUCCACUACAGCCUCUUCAACCUUCAAAUGUAUUUAGAAUGCCGCCUCAACUGACCCCGAACGAUGGUGGAAGAGCAUCUGGACAAGAGACGCAAAAUACGCCACCUCCUGCUAAGAAAAACAAACUAUCCACCUCAACCAAAGUUUCACAAAAUGUGACACCUGCACCAGCGUCACAAGCUAAUAUUUCCUUCAAUAAAACGAAACAAGUAGUGACACUCCCAAGUAUUCCUAUUCCCAUCCAGUCGUCCAUGCAAAUUCAAAAAGACGUGAGUA